CAAAAAGCAACACUUGCAUCUAGUUUAAGAAAUCUAUGUAGGCAUAACAAAUUACAGAAACUGUUAAGGAUUUAUAACUACUCAAGAUGGCAACUUAUAUGUUUUAUAUCAUACAGAGAUGUGUGACUCAACAAAUUUUGAAACACAAUGCUUUGAAGACCACUAAUACACUAUUAAAUUUUAGUAGACACUGCAGUUCUGAAGUAGUCCUUUCGAACGUUAAAAGCAAGAAAUAUGAUUCAAUUAUAAGGCGAUAUGUAGAUUUUGAUGAAAGAUUAGCAGAUAUUGAAAAGCUGCAGCGAGAUUUAACAGCUCGUGGAUUGAAUUUGAAUGCCAAUGAAAUUAAAAAUUUGUGGGAAUUUUAUAAAUCAGUAAAAUCAAAUAAGAUGCAAUUGCAAUCACAAAAUGACGAGAUGUCAAAGAAACUGAGUCCCUUGUUUAAAAAGAAAGAGUUAACUGUAGAGGAAGAAGCGGAAUUUACAAAACUGAAAUUACAAAUCAAAGUAAUAAAGCAAGAUUUAAAAACAAUAAAAGGUGCUCUCGCGGAUUUAAAUGAAAGUAUUUUAAGAAAACUGUUUCAAUUACCAAAUGAAGUAGAUGAAAGAACUCCAGUUCAAAGUCCUAUUAUAAUAAAACGUGUUAAUUCCUUAAAUGAACGUUCAGAUUUGGAGAAAAAGAAUCAUAUCGAAAUUGGAAGACGUCUUGGUUUAUUGGAAUAUAGAAAUCCAAUGCAAUAUUAUUUAUGCAACGAUGCAGCACUUUUUGAACUUGGUGUAUUAAAUUAUGCUGGACAAAUUUUUAGUGCGGAUAACAUGAUUAGAGUAGCGGGUGCAGAUUUCAGUCGUAGUUUGUUAAUAGAUGGCUCCGGUUUGAAUCACGAAGAUCCGGCAGAUGCUUUUAUAAUAGAUAAUUAUACCGAUGCAGAUAAAAAUUCUCGUAUGCACCUUGUCGGAGGAGCGAGUUUGAUUUCAUUUUUGGCUAUGCAUGCAAGACAGUGUAUAAAUCCAUGUCAUCUUCCAAUAGCAUAUUUUUCUACAGGAAGACAGUAUACUCCUUUUCGACCAGGUUUUACUCCAAUUGGUUUGUUUACUGUUUGUCAAGCUUCAGCUGCAUUAGCUUUCAUAUUAGUCAAAGAUGCAAAGAGUGAAGAGUAUCAUAUGCAAUUUGAAAAAUUGUUAAACACUGUAUGUAAAUUAUAUGAUAAUGUAUGUGAUCAUUAUCAAAUUGUAAUGAGGCCUGCUUCAGAAUUACGACCUUGGGAGGCAAUGCGAGUAUCUUUUGAAUUAUGGUCUCCAUUCUCAAAACAAUACAUAGAAGUGGGUCAUAUAUCUACAUAUGGUGAAUAUUUUAGUAAAAGAUUAAUGAUUGUAUAUCGGUCACCAAAUAAAUCUGCUUUUCCUUCUGUGAUAUCUGGGACUGUGUUGUCGGUACCACGCCUCCUAGGAUGCUUAUUAGAACAAAAUCCAGAUAAAUUUAUUAUACCACAGAAGGUCAUCGAAUAUAUGUCCACAAAUAAUAGUUCACUCCAAGUUUAA